CUGAUUUUACAGUCAAUCUUUCAAAGUGCAAUUUGUCUAGGAAAAGCCAAUGUGAGGCCCAUGUGGAUUUCAACCAAUGGGGAUGCAGCUGGUGCCUCUCAGCCAGUCUCCGGUCUGUAUUCUAAUGGGCCCUAUCUUUAUCAGGGAAAUGUUGCUUCUCUGAACUUAAAACUUCUUAUGAAGGGUCCCCAGACUCAGAGGCAGAAGAGGGGUCUGAGCUGAGGCGCAGGGGACCGCCUUUCUCCAGGCCGGCAGGGAGGGAGGGACGGGGUGCCAGGGAGGCCUCUCACCUGUCCCAGAGCCCCUGACUUCCGAGCAGCUGACCUGGGUGCCAGUCCCUGGGCAGGGGCUGGGCCGAUGCCUUAGGUGGGAGGGCGGUCUGGGGCUCGGGCCGCUGUUGACCCUCCAAACCUGCCAUGGGAUUCUGGGCCAGAGCGCAGGGUCUCGGGAUUUAGGGGCCUGCCUUUGGGCUUCCUGCCUUCCCUCACUCGCCCUGACCCGAGAAACAUGGAGUCCAACCUGCAAGGGACGUUCCUGCUGAACAACGCGCCGCUGGCGCAGUUCUCGGAGAUGAAGGCGCCCGUGUGCCAGUACUCCGUGCAGAACUCCUUCUACAAGCUCAGCCCCCCGGGGCUGGGCCCCCAGCUGGCCGCCGGGACCCCCCACGGCAUCACGGACAUCCUGAGCAGGCCCGUGGCCACGCCGAACAGCAGCCUGCUCUCCAGCUACCCCCACGUGGCAGGCUUCGGUGGACUGGGCUCCCAGGGGGUCUACUAUGGCCCCCAGGUGGGGAAUUUUGCCAAGGCUGGGAACGAGUACCCCACCCGGACCCGGAACUGCUGGGCAGACACGGGCCAGGACUGGCGAGGCGGGCGGCAAUGCGGCAACAGUGAGUACAGGGAACCCCUGGAUGGGGAGGAGGAAUGGGCAGAAUAUGCACAGAGAGCCCCGGACCCUCUGAGUGACAGCAUCCACAAGAAAAAGCACACUCGGCCCACUUUCACGGGGCACCAGAUCUUUGCCCUGGAGAAGACCUUUGAGCAGACCAAGUACUUGGCUGGCCCUGAGAGGGCAAGGCUGGCAUACUCCCUGGGGAUGACCGAGUCACAGGUCAAGGUGUGGUUCCAGAACCGAAGGACCAAGUGGCGGAAGAAGAGCGCCCUGGAGCCCUCGUCCUCCACGCCCCGGGCCCCUGGCAGCGCGGGCGCGGGCGGGGACCGCGCGGCCUCGGAGAACGAGGACGACGAGUACAACAAGCCGCUGGACCCGGACUCGGACGACGAGAAGAUCCGGCUGCUGCUCCGCAAGCACCGCGCCGCCUUCUCGGUGCUCAGCCUGGGCGCGCACAGCGUCUGACGCUCGGCCCGCCCGGCCCGCCCGGCCCGCCGUCUGCAUCUCCCGGGGACGCCUGCAGCCCCCUCCCCUCCCCGCU